UAAGCAUUACUUCAGAGUUCAGAUUAGUUACUUUAAUUGCGGGGAAAAGUUCUUUUUUAUAUUCUUACUAGCCUUAGCAUUAAAACAACUGAUUAAUAGUUAAAUAGUUCUAUCAACCUACUGCGAGUUUAAAAUCAGAGUAUUAUAGGCCACCAUCCAAUGAUUAGGCUCCGGGAUGCUUUGCCCAGCGGAAUCUCUCCUGCAACUCCUUCAACGCUUCAUCAAAAACUCUAUCCAAAUCAAGAAAAUCCAUUCCCUCCUUAUCACCAACGGUUACCUCCUCUGUACUCCCAACCCAUGGACAGCCACCCUAUUGCACAACGCUCUUAUAAGAGCUUACCUCAAUAUUCAUCUUCCUGGCACUACUUUACUCCUUUUCACCCACAUGCUUUCCCAUAAUAUCCCGCCAAAUGCUCAUACUUUCCCUUCAAUUGCCAAAGCUGCCGCUUUCCAUAUAACUCCCACCCUCUUUGAUAAACCCCUUCAUGCGCAAGCCCUCAAGCGUGGGGUAUUAGCUGAUCCUUUUGUACGAACAUCUUUUAUUAAUCUGUAUGCACGAAGUGGUCGUGUCUCUUUUGCUCGUAAGACCUUUGAUGAAAUGCCUCAAAAGUGUAUUGUUUCGUGUAACGCUAUGCUUGAUUGCUUUUGCAAGAAUGGAGAUAUGGAAUCUGCUAUUUUGUUCUUUGAAUGGAUGCCGGUGAGGGAUGUUUAUUCGUGGACGAGUGUUGUUAAUGGAUAUGGCAGUAACGGGUGCCAGAAGAGUGCUAUUUGGGUUUUUCAGCAAAUGAUCUUGCAGAUGGGUUUAGGUGAUUCUCUUAUGAAGCCUAAUGAAGCUACAUUUGUUAGUGUACUUUCUGCUUGUACUAAUUCGGCUGGGACUGGGGUGUUGCCAUAUGGCAAGCAGAUACAUGCUUAUAUCAUCAAGAACGAGGAUCGGUUAAGUGCGUUUUUGGGGACGGCCCUGAUAACUUUUUAUGGAAAAAUGGGUGGUUUAGAGUAUGCAAUUAAAGUGUUUAGAAGCAUGGUAAAAAAGGAACUAUGUACAUGGAAUGCAAUGAUCAGUAGUCUUGCUUUAAAUGGAAAAGAGAAGCAGGCUUUAGAUAUGUUUGAUAAAGUUAAAGUUGAAGGAUGGUGUCCAAAUGAGGUUACUUUUGUUGCGGCUCUCACAGCUUGUGCUCGUGCCAAGCUCUUGAAAUUAGGUUUAGAAAUAUUUAAGUCCAUGUUGCCUCAAUUUGGCAUUGUUCCAAUAAUGGAGCAUUACGGAUGUGUGGUUGACUUAUUGGGUAGAGCAGGGUUAUUAGAAGAAGCAAAAGAUUUUAUAAAAAAGAUGCCGUUCAAGCCCGAUGCCUCGGUUUUGGGGGCGCUUUUGAGUUCUUGUAAACUGCAUGGGGCUAUUGAACUAGGAAACGAAGUGGCCAAACAACUUCUUGAGUUACAACCCCAACAAUGUGGGCAAUACAUAACGUUGUCAAGUAUUUAUGCUGAAGCAGAAAAAUGGGACCAUGCGACCUCUUUGAGGAAUGUCAUGGUUGGUGCGGGUAUUAAGAAACCUCUAGCUUAUAGUAUGGUUAGUAGCUUAGUACGAGGUGAAGAAUUAGUUUCCGAAUAAGCCUUAAAGCUACAGAGAUUAAUCCAUCAACACUUUAGAAGUAAAAUCAUUCUGUUACUUGAUAUUGAUUUACCAAGUAUUAUAUAGUCUUUGUUCACUCAGAAGUAUAUGAUAGUAUCUUUUUUUUAUAAGAUUUA